AUGGGCAACAUUAUGAGGACAAGCCCGGCCAACGGCCACGAGGAGAACGAGAUAUCAACCAGUGGGAGCAAGGCGAGGUGUCGACAGCGACAACCCAAUCAGACAUUUGUAGGUGGAGGCGAUCCAGUGUCCAAUGGGGAUUAUCGAGUGAACGAGGAACACGCAGAGCGCAAAAAACCGGAUAUUGCCAGAGGAACACCGGGCGAGGAGAUGCUUGGGGUCGGGCUGGAAGCUUUGGAGGGUAAGGGACAGGUAAGCCCGAUCAACGAAUGCAAAGAGGACAAGAGAGAGGACCCGUCCACCUGUAGAAGGGAGGCGGGGGGAGGACAAGGACCGACCAGUCCGACAUUUGGAGUCGGGUCGGCGAUUUCGAAAGGUGCACGUUGGGAAAACUCGGCGAACGAACACGAAGAAAACGAGGGGGAGGUCCCACCAAGGAGUAGAGAUAGUACGGAGAGAAGACAGAGGACGACAAACCAGGCAUUCAUAGAUGGUCGAGAUCACAAUUCCUGCGGGGAUGACGGAAUGAAUGAGGGAACGGAGACGUCGCCGGGUCGGGUUCGGGCGCAACAGGAAGACCACGGGGAAGGAAUAGUAGAGGGAAAUCUAGACGGUGCAGAUCCCAGUCCAUCGCAAUCUCCGUUAGUGGUCUCGGGUCCGACCGUCUUGGAGAACACAGAUUCCGGGAGCGCCAUCGGCGGGGACGACGAGAGACAAGACGUGGACGACUGGCCCAUCGUCAACAAAGCUGCACUGGAACCAUUCGACAACCCGCUUGGCCUUCUCCAAGACAGUGAGGAGUUCGGCGGAGUUGAGGCUUCGAGCUCGCCGCAGACAGAGGAGUCCGAGGAUUGCGAGAGUGCAGUAGAUUACAAUGGCAGCGCCAGCGUGACGUGGCAUCCCGGAUCGGUCGACGGAGGAGGCAAGGGAGGAGAGAAUGAUGUAUUAUUAGAGGGAGUUAGUGAUGGCCGGGAUGAGGCGAGAGGGGAAGGUGCUACGGGCCUCGAGGUGAAUGAAGUCGACACAGACCACGGCGACGAGCCACACGUGGAUCCUGUCGUCGGCCUUGAAGGGGAGACCUUCGAAUUCGCUCGGCAGAUCCAAUACAGGCAGAGCCUGCCCGCACCAUCGAGUAGUGUUGAGACCUUGCCCGAUAUGCAAUUCUGCCCGGAGACUAGGGAGGAAGAACGUCGCGGUGUAGGCAAGCCAGAAGGAAUAUCUAGCAGCUCGACACUGAUACCAGAGGAUGUGAAGGACUCUGGAGUUGAAAAGGAGCCAACGUGA